AUGUCCAAGGAGCAGUACAGGCCGCUAAUGAGCGAUGACCCCGUGAACCGCUGGGCUCCAUCGUACUGGGCUUCGAAACUAUCCCGGUCCAUCCUCUUUACGCUGAUAGCCGUACAAUUCACCGCCCUCGCCGUUGCACUAUUCCUGCUGUUCUCCCGACGUCGACUGCCGGUCUGUAGCGUAAAUGUUCCGGACCAGCAUACGCUUUAUUCGCCGGCCCUCAGCGCCGUCGAAAACGAGGUUCGAGUGUACAGGGUCGGAUUCCCGGGCGACCUUUCCGCAGUCUUCCAGGAGCCUUCGUCACCGAAGUUGGAUGAGGCUUGGAUGGAUCUGUACAACUUUGGUAUCUCUUGGAUCACCAAAGAAGAGGCCGCCCAGCUUCCAAACAAGACACAUCCUAUUCCUGGGGAUCCCGACGGUCACUAUAUCGCGGAACUGAACGUCUUCCACAAUCUCCACUGUCUGAAUAAGAUCCGUAUGGCGCUGGAUCCAGACUACUACCCAGACUGGCGCAUCUCUACCACUGGCAAUUGGAUUGAAAGCCAGCGGAACGCCACCGAGCAUGUUGGUCACUGUCUCGACUGGAUUCGCCAGGACCUAAUGUGCCAUGCGGACACUAGUGUGAUUGUCUGGCAAUGGAAGGACUGGGCGAACAGCAGUCUCGUCAGGGGCGAUGUGGCUCACACGUGCCGGAAGUUCAACAAGAUCCAGGAUUGGGCACUGGGGCGCAUGGUCAAGCAAAAGUACGAUCCGACCGUGCGCAUUGACGAUGAUAUCGUGGUCCCUAUGUACCAGCAUGAUAUGGAACCGGUCAGCUGAGGAGACUUCGAACGACGACUGCUCUCUACCAAGGACGCUGUCCAACACCCCUAUCAAAGCACCCGCAUGCGACAAAGAAUUGAAAUCCUUCGUCUACAUGUAGCUGUAGAUAAUGCAUUCCAUGAAAGUAUCACGUAGAGAUCGAUUCGGAGGAUUCUCCAAUCAGACUGUCUUUCAACGGGAUCAUGUGACUG